AAGCGAGGCUGGAACUUGAAGAUCAAAGUCCGUUUGCUUCUCCUUCGGUCACUUUGGGCCUAUACGCACGAGUUUUGUGUCGCUUCUCCAGAAAAAUGGCCUCAAGGACACUUAUAUCAACUGCAUUUAAAGGGUACAAGACACAGCAAGUAUUUGGAGUUGCUACAAGAUGUUUCAGUGCAUCAGCUUCUUUAAAACAAAAAAGUGGCAAAAAUAUUGUUCUGGUAGAUGGUGCAAGGGUUCCAUUUUGUGUCUCAGGAACAGAAUACAAGAAUUUGAUGCCCCAUGACCUACAAAGAGAAGCACUUUUAGGAAUACUGAAAAAAACUGGAGUGUCACAAGAUGAUAUUGAUUACGUAUGUAUUGGAACUGUCAUCCAAGAAGCUAGAACUACAAAUAUCGCACGUGAGGCAAUGCUGAGUGCCGGGUUUUCUGACCGGAUCCCUGCACACACUGUGACAAUGGCAUGCAUAUCAUCCAACCAGGCGAUUGCUACAAUGAUUGGUUUCAUGCAAGCCGGAAUGAUUGACACGGCGAUCGCAGGCGGUGUCGAUUUCAUGUCGGAUGUACCAAUCAAAUUCAACAGAUCAAUGCGAGGAAAGAUGAUGCAAAUGCCAAAGGCAAAAACCAUGGGAGCGAAGCUGGGGUUGUUGGCAUCCUUGCGGCCCAAGCAUCUUGUACCAGAGCUUCCUGCCAUUGCCGAAUUUUCAACAAACGAAACCAUGGGACACAGCGCAGACAGACUUUGCACAGCAUUCAAAGUGAGCCGACAGGAACAGGAUGAGUUCGGAAUUCGUUCACACACUUUUGCUAAGAAGGCCCAAGACGCUGGGUUACUCGACGAUGUUUUGCCAUACAAAGUGCCAGGUGUAGCCAACCCGGUUACUUUAGACAAUGGUGUCCGCGUUUCUACUAUGGAGCAGAUGGCUAAAUUGAAACCGGCAUUCAUAAAGCCCCAUGGGACAAUUACCGCUGCGAAUGCCUCAUUUUUGACCGACGGAGCAUCUGCUGUUCUCCUCAUGACCGAAGAGAAAGCGCUUAAAUUGGGCUUCAAACCCAAAGCGUACCUCAGGGAAUUCACCUUUGUUGCAAUCGACCCGAAAGAUCAGCUUCUUCUGGGACCUACCUAUGCAGUUCCAGAUGUUCUCAACAAGGCUGGCCUAAAACUUUCAGAUGUUGAUGUUUUUGAGAUCCACGAAGCUUUUGCUGGUCAGAUUUUAGCAAAUUUAAAAGCAAUGGAUUCUGAUUGGUUUGGCAAAAAUGUUAUGGGAAGAAAGGAAAAGGUUGGACAAAUCCCAAUGGAGAAGUUAAACCUGUGGGGAGGCAGUUUAUCGAUUGGACAUCCUUUCGGAGCAACCGGGUGUCGGUUGGUGACAACUGCGGCAAAUAGAUUAAUAAAAGAAGAUAAAAACGUAGCCUUGGUUGCAGCGUGUGCGGCUGGUGGACACGGACAUGGAAUGAUCAUCGAGCGCUACCCUUCAAAGUAAGAACUGCGUAAAUAUGAAUUCAGCUUGUAUAAUUUGUAACUGGACUCUCCCCCCUACAAAUGUCAAGUGAUAUUUCUCUGUAUGUAUUUAUAACUCAUUUGCAAGCAUCACCACCGCUCCUUCGCAUUGCAGCUCCUGUGUGAGUGGAUAGUUUCUUAGUCAUGUUAACUCAAUUUCUGUAAUUUAAAUAUGACAAAUUUUGAACUCGA